AUGGCGGACAGCAUUUUAUCGGACGACUUGAUCAAUGUUUUACCGGAAUUUCGAGAUUUAUUUGAGGAGAUUUUUAACGACAACGAUAGUGAUGAGUUUGAGGGAUACGAGAUGGAUGAUGUUGAGGAGAUUGACCAGCCUUUUGACGCCUUCGCAGAAGAAAAUUGGAGACGUGGUAGACUGGCAGAGACGUCUACUUUCACUUUCACCGCAGACCCGGGAGUGACCCUGGAACAAAACCAACGGACUCACCUGGACUACUUCAAAGAGUUUGUUUCGGAAGACAUUAUUUCAACCAUUGUUCAAGAAACCAACAGAUAUGCAGCUGAUUUCCUAGCCAGUCAUGGAACGCUUCCAGUCCAUUCACGCCUUAGGAAAUGGAGUCCAGUUAGCAACAACGAGAUGAAGGCAUUUCUUGGGAUGAUCAUUGCUAUGGGGCUAGUGACGCAGGCGAACAUCCAAGAUUACUGGUCUUCUGAUCCUGUUGUGAGUACUCCAUUUUUUGGGACUGUGAUGUCUAGGGAUCGAUUUUUAAGCAUCAUGAGCUUCCUGCAUCUCUCGGACAACAACAUGGCUCUUCAGAGGGGGCAGGAGAACUAUUCUCCACUACAAAAGCUUGGAAGUCCAUAUCAGAAGAUUCUGGAGAACUUUGAGAGGGUGUAUACACCACACCAGGAGUUGGCCAUAGAUUAG